AAAAUGGCGAACCGAUAAAACUCGCAACUUCGUUUCGGCGUGCCGAUCAAGGUGUCCAACAUUUCCGUGUUGUAACUUCAUGAUUGGAGAUCUACGGUUCUGGGUGUUACCUGGUAAACAAUGUAUCGUGCUUUAUACAAAUUCGACAGUAAAGAUCAGAAAACUUUGUCAUUUUCCGAGGAUGACAAGUUCACUUUGUUGGACAGCAGUCAUGGAAACUGGUUGCAGGUGAUGAACGUAAGUGGAAGAGUUGGUUUCGUACCUGCCAACUACAUUAAGAAGUAUGAGGUAUCUAAUGACGAGUUGUUGCAAUCCAUUGACCGUGCAAUAGAAUCCGUUCACCUUGUGGCCACACAGAAUGGCGGAAACUACACCAAAGAACAGAGGACUUGUUUACAGAAGCUAAUUAAGCACAGAUCUGAAGUAUUAGAACAACAAAGUAAAGAUGUCCCACAGCAGCCAAGAAGAAAAGCACCAGAGCCUCCUAAUCUAGCAGCCAGUCGUGCGGCUACCACUCCUGCUCAAAAACAAGAUUCACAGGCUCGUCGUUCUUCACUUAAGUCACAACAACAGAAACAGUCAGAACAACCUGCUAUGCAAAAGCAACAUUCACAGAAUCAGAAGCAGCUGCCAUCUCCUAAACAACAGCAUCAACAGCCCUCUCCUAAACAGCAACGGCCACAACAGCAACAGCCUGCUGCUAAACAGCAACAGCAGCCCACAACUAAACAGCUACAGCAGGCCGCUGCUAAACAGCAACAGCAGCCCACUGCUAAACAGCAACAGCAGCCCACUGCUAAACAGCUACAGCAGGCCGCUGCUAAACAGCAACAGCAGCCCACUGCUACACAGCAACAGCAGCCCACUGCUACACAGCUACAGCAGGCCGCUGCUAAACAGCAACAGCAGCCCACUGCUACACAGCUACAGCAGGCCACUGCUAAACAGCAACAGCAGCCCACUGCUACACAGCAACAGCAGCCUACUCCUGCACACCAACAGCAGCCUACUGCUACACACCAACAGCAGCCUACUGCUACACAACAACAGCAGGCCGCUGCUAAACAGCAACAGCCCUUUUCUCAUCAAAACCAUGAGAAACAGCAGUCAUCUAUACAGCAACAACAGCAGCAGCAAGAGUCAACAAAUCAGCAACAGCAAUCAGAAAAAAGAUCAUCCAUAAAGACUCAUAAAGCACCCUCUCCGCCUGCAUCAGGUGGCUCUUUAUUAGAAUCAAUACAAACUGUAAGCAAAACUGCAUGUAGCAAUGAUUCAAUAACAAGUUUUGGAUCAUCACCAAUGACUCCGCCACUUGUUACUUCUUCGCUGUCACUUACACCAUCAACAUCUAUGCUAGCAUCCAAAAUGAUGUCUAGAACGUUCUCACCAUCGUCCAGUGUUAUGGCCGUCAGCAGGACAACAAGUCUUAAUGUUGCAGUGCCGGACGGGAUAGCUUUUGAACUUGUUGACAUUGUGAGAGCUAACACUAAUUUAAACUUUGAAAAGUGUAAGAUUGCUGUUGGAACCACCCUCAGUCAUAUCGGAAUGAAUAUACCAGCCGUGGCCAGUGUCAUGGAAAGAAUUUUAAAAAGUCUACGAGAUGGUCCUAAAGAUGAUGAUGUCAUUGAAAGUGGUUACGAUAGAGAGAGACUGGAAGUGAUCUUCUCUGAGUUGAUAACUUGUAAGGAGGAUUCCCAGCAGAGAAGUUGGGCUCUACAUGAGGACGAACCUAUUAUUUUAGAGUAUCUUGAGGAGCUUGUUUCAAUACUGAAUGAUGCUAAUCCCAAAAUAUGCAAGGCGAUUGUGUGCCGUGAUAGUUAUGAUAGUUUGCAAUCACUAGUGGUGUACUACCAAAUGGAAAAAAGAUUGAGCAUUCGAUUAGCAUUGUUGAAAGUAUUUGGUGCCCUUUGUGGGUUGGAUCCCAUGGUAAUAUCUCAUCUUGUGAUGUCUAUUUUACCGAUGGAGUUAGCCAGAGAUAUACAGACUAACUGCACAGAGUUACAGCGUGUCUUUUAUUCGUCAUUGGUGCUUACGAUGAUACUUUCAUCAGGUGAACCCCUUCCAUAUAGUCAUUACGAUCAUCUGAACGAGUCCUUCGUUGCUUUCCUGUUUGACAACGUGGAAUCCCCACCACCGGAAGACAUUGAUGAACAACUACCUGAGUUGUUUAUUAGUUUAAUUUUAGCUUUUAAUUUACACUUUCAAGUGCCUUCCAGCAACUUUGUGAUGAAAAUCCUGGCAAAGAGAAAGACAGCUAAACACUUCAGUGAAAAGAUCAUGUUGUUAGUCAAUAGAGGAGGUGGGUAUUAA